AUGAUUGGGAAGGUCAUUCCAUAUCCAUUCAGGUCCUUCAGACCUAUUGACCUAGACAAGCUACAGAGUUGCACCGAGAAAUGGCUACUGAAGUUCAACACCAGCAAGUGUAAUGUGCUUGAAAUGGGAACAGCUACUAACACAACUGAAAUUGACGAUGCUACUACUACUGCAGCUACUUCCACCACAACUACUGCUACUUCUACUUCAACUAAUGCUACUUCUGCUACAACUACUGCUACUUAUAAUACAAUUACUGUUACAACUACUGUUAAUUCUAUUAAAACUACUAUUACAAUUACUACUACAACUACUGAUACAACUUCUGCAACUACUACUACUGCUACUUCUGAUAUAGGCAAGUACGCCCAGAGUUCACAUCCCAUCCAGUCUUCAAAAAGAGUAGUCUCCGGUCUCACCAGUAGUAGAGUAGUCUCAAGAGUAGUCUCACCAGUCCAUCCGGAGUUUACAACCAGCUGGACUUUUCAUACUACAAGCUCCUCUAUAUAG